AUGGCCACCGCGCCGCCGCCCGCGCUCGCCGCGGACCUCCACAUCUCCUCCUACCCGGCCGCCGCCCCGGCCCCGGCCGUCGCCGCCGCGGCGUGGGGCAGCAGCAGGAGGGCGGCGGGCCCGUCGUCGACCCGCGUCGCGCUCAGCGCGGCGAGAGGACGGGGACGCCUCUCCCCGGUGGUGGGAACCGGGCGGCCGGCGCUCUCCGUCAGGUGCAACGCCAGCUCCCGGGACGGGAGGAUUACACAGCAAGAAUUCACCGAGAUGGCAUGGCAGUCGAUUGUUCUGGCACCCGAAGUCGCCAAAGAGAGCAAACACCAGAUCGUGGAGACUGAACAUUUGAUGAAAUCCUUGCUGGAGCAGAGGAACGGGCUUGCCCGUCGAAUCUUCUCCAAAGCUGGAGUUGAUAACACACGGCUUCUCGAUGCCACCGAGAAGUUCAUCCAGCGGCAGCCUAAGGUAUUAGGUGAAGAUCCUGGUUCGAUGUUGGGGCGUGACUUGGAAGCUCUGAUACAGAGGGCGAGAAACUUUAAGAAAGAGUAUGGUGAUUCAUUCGUCUCGGUUGAACAUAUUGUUCUUGGUUUUGCGGAUGAUAAGCGAUUUGGAAGACAGCUGUUCAAGGACUUCCAGAUCACCGUAGAAUCCUUGAAAACAGCUAUUGAAUCCAUAAGAGGGAAGCAAAAUGUAAUUGAUCAAGACCCUGAGGGAAAGUAUGAAGCUUUGGACAAAUAUGGAAAGGACCUGACAGCUAUGGCACGUCAGGGGAAGCUUGACCCUGUUAUAGGGAGAGAUGAUGAAAUCCGUAGGUGCAUUCAGAUUUUGUCUCGGAGAACAAAGAAUAAUCCUGUUUUGAUUGGUGAACCUGGCGUGGGAAAAACAGCCAUAGCUGAAGGGCUUGCUCAGAGGAUAGUGCAAGGAGAUGUCCCACAGGCACUGACAAACCGUCGACUAAUUACACUUGACAUGGGGGCUUUGAUUGCCGGUGCAAAAUAUCGAGGAGAAUUUGAGGAUAGACUGAAGGCUGUACUUAAAGAAGUCACAGAUUCUGAUGGACAGGUUGUUCUCUUCAUUGACGAGAUCCACACUGUUGUUGGAGCAGGUGCCACUUCUGGUGCAAUGGAUGCUGGCAAUCUUCUGAAACCAAUGCUCGGAAGAGGGGAGCUACGUUGCAUUGGUGCAACAACCCUCGAUGAGUACCGCAAAUAUAUUGAGAAAGAUCCAGCACUGGAACGCCGCUUCCAACAAGUGUAUGUUGAUCAACCAACAGUUGAAGAUACAGUGUCAAUACUCCGAGGAUUACGUGAGAGAUACGAAUUGCACCAUGGGGUCCGCAUAUCAGACAGUGCUCUUGUUGCUGCCGCUCUUUUGUCAGAUCGUUACAUCAGCGGACGAUUUUUGCCUGACAAAGCAAUUGAUUUGGUCGAUGAAUCAGCUGCCAAGUUGAAAAUGGAGAUAACAUCGAAGCCGACUGCUCUGGACGAGAUUGAUCGUUCUGUGCUCAAACUUGAAAUGGAACGUCUCUCACUAACAAAUGAUACAGACAAGGCAUCAAGAGACAGAUUAUCUCGCAUUGAAGCAGAAUUGUCACUUUUGAAAGAAAGGCAGAAGGGACUGACUGAGCAGUGGGAGCGUGAAAAGUCGGUGAUGACAAAGAUCCAAUCUAUUAAGGAAGAGAUUGACAGGUUAAAUGUGGAGAUCCAGCAGGCUGAGCGUGAGUAUGAUCUCAAUCGUGCUGCUGAACUGAAGUAUGGUAGUCUGAAUGCAUUGCAGCGGGACCUUCAAAAAACAGAGGAUGAGCUAAACGAAUAUCAAAGUUCUGGGAAAUCCAUGCUAAGAGAAGAGGUGACCCAAGAUGAUAUUGCAGAGAUUGUGAGCAGGUGGACAGGCAUCCCGGUUUCCAAGUUAAAGCAAUCCGACAGAGAAAAGCUGCUGUAUCUCGAGGACGAACUGCACAAGCGUGUAGUGGGGCAGGAUCCUGCAGUCAAAGCAGUUGCAGAGGCCAUCCAGAGAUCCAGAGCUGGUUUGUCUGAUCCAAACCGGCCCAUUGCCAGCUUCAUGUUCAUGGGACCUACAGGAGUGGGCAAAACAGAAUUGGCGAAAGCACUCGCUUCUUUUAUGUUCAACACUGAGGAUGCUGUUGUCAGGAUUGACAUGAGCGAGUAUAUGGAGAAACACUCUGUCUCAAGACUGAUUGGUGCGCCACCAGGUUAUGUUGGGUACGAAGAGGGCGGUCAGCUUACAGAGGCUGUCCGUAGGAGGCCAUACUCUGUGGUCUUGUUUGAUGAGAUUGAGAAAGCCCAUUCAGAUGUAUUCAAUGUUUUCCUGCAAAUAUUGGACGAUGGCAGGGUUACAGACUCGCAGGGCCGGAAGGUGAGCUUCACCAACAGUAUCAUUAUCAUGACAUCCAAUGUUGGUUCACAGUACAUAUUGAAUAUGGAUGAAGAAGGCGGAGCGACUGAUUCGGCCUACGAGAGUAUGAAGAAGAGGGUGAUGGAUGCUGCAAGAUCUGUUUUCCGUCCUGAGUUCAUGAAUCGUGUAGACGAGUACAUCGUCUUCAAGCCUCUUGAGAGGAAGCAGAUAAACAGCAUUGUCAAAUUACAGUUGGCGAGAGUGCAGAAGAGGAUCGCCGACCGCAAGAUCAAACUCGACGUCUCACCGGCAGCAAUCGAGUUCCUGGGAAGCCUUGGCUACGACCCCAACUACGGCGCCAGGCCGGUGAAGCGGGUGCUUCAGCAGUAUGUGGAGAAUGAACUCGCCAAGGGUAUCCUCAGAGGCGAGUUCAAGGAUGAGGACAGCAUCUCCGUCGACACUCAGGUUACGGUGCCGUCCAAUGGCAAGCUCCCGCAGCAGAAGCUCGUCUUCCGGAAGACGAACGAGGAAUCCAAGCCGGCUGCUGCUCAAGAUGAGAAGUUCCUGCCGACAGUCUGA